CUAAAAACUGUUAAUUACGUUCAAGAAGAAGUAAGCCCCACUGUUUCUGUUGAAUAAUGCUAGCUGUGACUCGAAGCUGCGGUAAACAAGCGUCUCAUAACACCUAGUUUGAGCUUCAUGGACGAUCCACCAACAUGUCAUCACGGAAAAUUAUUUAAAGUAUAGUUUGGAAGAUUCCGCGCACCAUGUCAGCUUUGUUACAGCAUUGUGCUGGCGCUAGUAGAAAAUGCAGCAGAUGUUUUUGGACACCGUCAAGACGAAACUUGUAUAUGUUAGCUAAUAGACUGACAUCCAGGGAUGCGGUCAAACAUGUCCUGUCCAGAAAUACUUAUGCUAGAAAGACAUUAGUUUCCAUAUCAGAGCGGACUUUCAAAGGUCAGCCACAGGAGAAACUCAUCCAGAGUCUUCUGCACAGACCUUUGAGUCCUGGCAUGGUUGGACUUAGUAAGGAGUUAAUCCGGAACAAUCUGUUAAGGAACCCCAUUGGUUUGAUUAAUCUAUUAGGGGCUACAACAUUUUUCAGCACAUCUCGGUCUCAGGAACAGAAAAAUAAAAAUGAUGGGCCAAAGAAGAAAUCUCCUGAAGAAGAUGAAGAGGAGAAGAAGCGGCGUGAGCAGGAGGACCAGAUGUACAGGGAGCGCCUGCGGACUCUCUUCAUCAUCGCUCUCAUCAUGAGCCUGCUGAACUCCAUUAAUACCAGCGGAGGCAACAUCUCCUGGAAUGACUUUGUCAACGAGAUGUUGGCCAAGGGGGAGGUGUCACGUGUGCAGGUUGUUCCUGAGAGCGACAUAGUAGAAAUCUACCUUCAUCCCGGAGCUGUUAUUUUCGGAAGGCCUAGGCUGGCUCUCAUGUAUAGGAUGCAGGUUGCCAACAUCGACAAAUUUGAGGAAAAGCUGAGGGCAGCUGAGGAAGAGCUGAAUAUUGACGCCAAAGACAGAAUCCCAGUGUCCUACAAACGCACAGGAUUUUUUGGAAAUGUGGUCUAUGCUCUGGGGAUGACUGCUAUCGUUGUGGCUGUCCUCUGGUAUAUCUUUCGUCUGGCUGGUAUGGGAGGCAGAGAAGGUGGCUUCAGCGCUUUUAAUCAGCUGAAGAUGGCCAAGUUCACCAUAGUGGACGGUAAAUCGGGUAAAGGUGUGAGUUUCAAAGAUGUCGCAGGAAUGCAUGAAGCUAAAAUGGAAGUGAAGGAAUUCGUCGACUACCUCAAGAGUCCAGAUCGGUACCUUCAUCUUGGAGCAAAAGUUCCCAAAGGUGCGCUGCUACUGGGGCCUCCAGGAUGUGGCAAGACCCUGCUGGCCAAGGCUGUCGCUACAGAGGCCCAGGUCCCCUUUCUGGCCAUGGCUGGCUCUGAGUUUGUGGAGGUUAUUGGAGGUCUCGGUGCUGCGCGGGUCAGGAGUCUGUUCAAAGAGGCUCGCACCCGGGCGCCUUGCAUUGUGUACAUCGAUGAGAUCGACGCCGUAGGAAAAAAGCGCUCCACCAACAUGUCGGGCUUUUCCAACACGGAAGAGGAGCAGACUCUCAACCAGCUGCUGGUAGAGAUGGACGGAAUGGGAACAACAGACCACGUUAUAGUCCUUGCCUCUACCAACAGAGCAGACAUCCUGGAUAAUGCUCUGAUGAGGCCCGGCAGACUGGACAGACACAUCUUCAUAGAUUUUCCCACUCUGCAGGAGAGGAAGGAGAUUUUUGAGCAGCAUUUGAAGAUGCUGAAGCUGACUCAGCCCGCUAACUUUUAUUCCCUGCGCCUGGCAGAGCUCACCCCGGGCUUCAGUGGUGCCGACAUUGCUAACAUCUGCAAUGAAGCGGCUCUUCAUGCUGCCAGAGAGGGCUUUAAGUCCAUUGAUACUUUCAACUUUGAGUAUGCAGUGGAGAGAGUCAUAGCAGGGAGUGUUAAAAAGAGCAAGAUCCUGUCUAAAGAAGAGCAGAGGGUGGUUGCCUUCCAUGAGUCUGGGCAUGCAUUAGUGGGAUGGCUGCUCGAGCACACGGAGGCUGUGAUGAAGGUGUCCAUCGCCCCUCGUACAAACGCUGCUCUCGGAUUUGCUCAGAUUCUGCCCCGCGACCAGCACUUGUUCACCAAGGAGCAGCUGUUUGAGCGCAUGUGCAUGGCUCUGGGUGGAAGAACCGCAGAGGCCAUAACCUUUAACAAAGUCACCACAGGAGCUCAGGAUGACCUGCGUAAGGUGACCCGGGUGGCGUACUCCAUGGUGAAGCAGUACGGCAUGUGUGACAGUGUCGGGCAGGUCUCGUUUCCCGACACAGAGGAGCAGGGGGCUGUCGGACGCCGGCCUUUCAGCCAGGGCCUUCAGGAACAGAUGGACCACGAGGCUAAGAUGCUGAUAGCUCGUGCCUACAGACACACAGAGAAGCUGCUUCUGGACAACAGAGACAAGCUCACGCUGUUGGCCAAUGCUCUUCUAGAACGCGAGGUGGUGAACUAUGACGACAUCGAAGCCCUGCUGGGCCCGCCCCCUCACGGCCCCAAGAAGAGGAUCCUGCCCCAGAGCUGGGUGGAGGCCGAGCGCGACAAGCAAGACACGGGAGAAGACGAACCUCGGCCACCCCCCCGCAAACACAGAGAGGACGACGUUAAUCCUGAGUUGGCCUGAGUUCAAAGCAAAUAGUUUCCAGACUCUUCUCAGAUUUUGAGGUUUAGAGGAUGAAGCAGCCGUCAGAUGACAUAUGGAGCUUUUCUGAAUGAAUCUUCUUCAGUUCUGCUCGUGGUAGGAGUAUGUUGUAUGUGCUUGCUGCAGCUCAUAUAUUAUACUAUAAUAACGCUUCAAACAAGCUGUCGUUUCUGGAUCCAGCACUUAUAAUCGCCAUCUGCUCUGAUUUUCUACAGGAACAUAUUCAGGUUUAGAAUAAAACGAUUUCUUUUGACAUGAGUUUUGCAACAUGUGACUGUAAAGAACAUGCUAAAGGCAUUUAUUAUUAUUAUUGUGGGUUGUUCUUUACCUGACAGGAAUAAUAUGUCAGCUAAGGAACCUUACAGAGAAUUUUAAUUAUUUAAAAAUAAAACAUAAUUUACUGUCGUCAUUUACAAAAAAACAUUCAAACACAUGUUAUGUUGUUGAGCAAACAGAUGCUGGUCUGCACACUGGGCUCUUUGUUCCCCAUAUGGUUGAGUUAUUGUCUUUAUUUUGGAAUAAAACUGUACUUUUAGCAAUAAAAAAUGUACAAAAGGA